GACCGAAUUUAUUUCUUGUCGGAUCAUGAAGGAAUAGGUGGCCUUUAUUCCUGUACAAUUGAGGGGAAAGAUUUACGGACAGAAAUAAAACAUAAGGAAUUUUAUGUGCGUCAACCGUCUACGGAUGGAAAGAAGAUUGCUUACCAUGCAGGAGCAGACCUUUAUGUCUUUGAUCCAGCGCUUCGCCAAAGCCGCAAAGUCGAGUUUUCUUAUCCGAGUGCGCGUCCUCAGAGGGCUCGUAAAUUUGUCGGAGUUCGGAGUUAUUUAGAGUGCUGUGCACUUCACCCAAAUGGUCAUCAUCUUGCAUUAUCGGCCCGUGGAAAGGCUGUUGCACUACCGAAUUGGGAAGGGGGCGCCCUUUAUUUAGGCGGGAAAGAAACAGCCGCGCGUUAUCGACAAAGCGCUUGGUUGAAUGAUGGUGAACGUGUUGCUUUGGUUCGAACAGGAGAAGAGCGUGACACGAUAGAGAUAUAUCGUAUUGGAGGGACAACUCCCGAAUGCAUUGUGGACCACAAAGAUAUUGGUCAUAUUUUAACGCUAAAAGAAUCUCCUCGUAAGCCACAGCUUGCGCUGACAAACCAUAGGGGGGAACUCAUUCAUGUUGAUCUAAUAAAAAAGAAGCCUAAGGUAAAAGUUUUAGAUGAGAGCCUCUUUGAAUCGAUCGAGAGUGUAGAUUGGUCUUUAGAUGGUCAAUGGAUUGCUUAUAGCGCGGCAACGUCUCGUCAUAUUAGCAUUAUUAAAAUCGCUCAAGUUUCAACAGGUAAAAUACAUGAAGUGACACAGCCUGUUUUAAAAGAUACAGCGCCAAGCUUUUCUCCUUGUGGGCGAUAUUUGUAUUUCUUAGGGGGGCGCCAGUUUGAUCCAAGCUAUGACACGGUUCACUUUGAUCUUUCCUUUCCUCGAGGUAUGCGUCCCUAUGUUAUUUUGCUGCAAAAAGACCUGCUUUCGCCCUUCAUUGAGCACCCUAAGGGGCUCAGCCGUGCGGAAGAAACGGGAAGUGAAAAAGAAGAAAGUCCUGAUACAAAAAAACACGAUCCAAAAGUCAAGAUUGAUUUUGAAGGAAUUCAAAAUCGCAUUCUGCCCUUUCCUGUAAGGGAUGGGAUUUAUGGUCAGAUUUUGGGGGUGAAAGGGAAAGCUUUGUUUACAGCUUUUGGGCAGUCUGGAACGUUAGAGGACGUUAUUGAAGAAUCGCGCCCUGAACAGGCUGGUGUGCUUUUAUCUUAUGAUUUUGAAACCCACAAGGUUGAUGAGGUCGCCCAAAAUAUUUCAGGUUUUGCGGGGGUUUCUGCAGAUCGUGAGUGGAUGUCUUAUGUAGACAUGGACGGAGAUAUUCGUGUUCUAAAAAGUGGUGAGAAGGGGGAAGAUGAUCCUGAAGCGCCUCCUGCGAAGAGAGGUUGGAUUGAUUUGUCUCGAGUCGAUAUUUCUAUUUCAGCUCUACAGGAAUGGCGACAAAUUUUUGAUGAGGCAUGGCGUCUACAGAAAGAUUUUUUCUGGAUUGAAGAUAUGUCAGAUGUGAAUUGGAAGAGGGUUAAAAAUCGUUAUGAACCCUUAUUAGAGCGUAUUGGUGCGCGUUCAGAACUCACAGAUCUUUUAUGGGAAAUGCAGGGAGAGUUGGGGACAUCUCAUGCGUAUGUGGUAGGGGGAGAUCUAAAACGCUCUCCACGAUAUCGCCAAGGCCUUCUUGGCGCCAAGUUUGUCUAUGAUGACAAAGAAAACGCUUAUCGUGUCAAAGAUAUCUCGCGAGGGGAUACCUGGAAAUCAGGCCAUCACUCUCCAUUGAUUGCCCCAGGUGUUGGAUUAAACGAAGGGGAUUUUCUCUAUGCGAUUGAUGGGCAGACUCUUACAAAAGAACAUCGCCCUGAAAUGAGCUUAGUCAAUAGUGCGGAUCGUCAAGUCUCCUUAGAGGUCUAUGAAAGCAAGGGCGAUAAGAAAAACUCCAAGAGGAAAACAGUACUUGUGAAGCCUUUGUCUUAUGAUUUUCCGGCCCGUUAUCGUGAUUGGGUAGAGAAAAAUCGAACGUAUGUUCAUGAAAAAUCUAAAGGGGCUAUUGGAUAUGUUCAUAUUCCCGAUAUGGGGCCCUGGGGGUACUCAGAGUUCCAUCGUUUGUUUUUGCCAGAAUGUGAUCGAGAUGGCCUAAUUGUUGAUGUGCGCUUUAAUGGGGGUGGACAUGUCUCUUCUUUGAUCUUAGAGAA